AUGAUAUUGCAGUGUUUGAUUGAACAGAUCAAUUCAGAUUAUAAAGAGUCAAAAGAACUGUUAGCCGAGAUUUUAAAAUCAGAAUAUUGUCUUCUUCUGCUUGAUGGUUUAGACGAGUGGAAACAUGGUAGCUGUAAGCGUGAUGAACGAAUUCCUCAUGCUGAAACAUGUUGGAUGAAUUGCACAACACUGAUUACAACACGACCAUACAAACUAGCGGAGCUAAAGUUAACCCGCUUAAAGCUUGGCAACCAUGUGAAGAUGCAGGGCGUUCAGUCACCUCGAACACUUGUUCGGAGAGUAAUUCAGGAACUUCAGAAAGACGAAGUAAACAAACGUCCAAAUACCUGCGUUAAAACCCUAAAAAAGAAAGGUCUGUGGCAUUUCAGGGGUAUUCCAAUCGUGCUUGUUCACGUUGUUUGGCUCUGGUUCAGAAACAAACUAAAGGCAAACAUGUCUCAGUCUGAAGUUUACAAGGAAAUAAUAAAAGAACGGUGGUGUGAAAUGGCAGACAAGAAGGAAAUAGAGGACAACGACAUUCCGAAGGAAUUUCUGGAUUCUUUGAGUGAAUUAGCUUUCAGUAAACUGUUGUCAGCAAAUAAGGACGAUUCCAUUGUUUUUGGCAUUAGAGGGGAUCAGUUAAAGAAGGAGUACCAACGGAUGUCUCUUGAAUCUGGCAUCAUGUCUUGCAGUAAUAAAAUAGGUGAAAGAUCCCCGUCUUAUCAAUUUUUACAUAAAACGCUUCAAGAAUACUUGGCAGCAUUGUUUUUAGCGAAUUGCGGAUCCGAUUUGUUCAAACAUUGUCAACACGUUCAGGAAUUAUAUAAAAAUGACAUGGAAGAAGGGGUGCUUAACUUGACUCAGAUGUUUUUGUUUCUAUGUGGCCUGAAUAUAACUGCUGCUGAAGUGUUUUCGAAGACAUUAAAUGAAAUAUUUACUGAAGACAUUGAAAGAACCGGUUAUUCACCUGAAAAAGCAUCGUCCUUCCAGUCCAUGCUACUGAAAGGAUAUGAGGAGGCGGAGAAAAAAGGACACACCGGGAUGGAGCUCAUGCAUCAGCAUAUUGUCUUUCGUGGUUAUCGUGAUUACCUGGAUGUUUAUAAUAAUUACGCUUAUGAUGCCAAUGAUGAUUAUGAUGAUGAUGAUUAUAAUUAUGAUGAUAAUUAUCAUUAUUAUGAUGAUGAUCAUGAUGAUUUUGAUGAAAAAGACCGUUUUGAAAAGCGAAUGACAGACUGCUGCGGUAAAAACAAAUCAAAUAUUGUGUCAUUAAACAUUAAGGAACGUGACAUACCUUCUGUGUUGAUGUACAAGAAAGAUCCAAGUGUUUUGGAUUUAGAGACAUGCAUUAAUCUAAAAUUUCUUCAUUUGAAAAAUGUUACCUGUGAGGACAUAAACCUAUUGAAUUUGAAUGGAUUAUUAGAAUGCGAAAUAAAAUUCAGUCGUAACGUAAGUGCAGUCAAACUGGUAACUUCAAUUUUGUCCUCCAAUAUAACAUGUUUGAAAAAACUCACAUUGAAACCAAUUGAUUUGCCAUGUAAAGCUGAGGACAUCUUCUGCAAACUUCAACGUGUUGAACACCUAAGCGUCGAUGGUUCCAGUCUAUCAAAUAAUUCACAACUCGACCUUGGACAUCUCAAACACCUUAAAGAACUCGCAUUACGUGGUCUUGCUUUCUCUGACGUUGUGAUUCCACAUUUGCUCAAUCUCCACGAGUUAGACGUUAUGUUUAGAACACAUCAAAGGGCACCACAGUUGAUGACGGCGUUACUAGCACAAAGCGACGAUUCUCUCGGUUACAAUAUGGAUGGGCCACUAUCUAACCUAACGCAUGUUAGCUUGAAAAACAUUGUCAUGUCAGCAGGAAUGUUAAGACGGUUCCUUAGUAUGGUGAUACAAACGCGACAUUCUGUGGUAUAUACGUUAUACGACUUCACAAUAGAUUCAGAGGAUGACGUGGGGCAGAUGGAGAUGGAGACGGAGAACCAGCCCGGUCUACAGAUGGUGGGUCCACUGCACGCACCACCUGACUAUAAAACAAAGAUAAUAUUAGUCCAGACGACAGUGUCAGCAGGAAUGUUUACACGUCUCGUUAGAAUGGUGAUACAAGCACGACAUUCUGUGAACUGUAAGUUAAUUUACUUUACAAUAGAGUCAGAGGAGGACGUGAGGCAGAUGGAGGUAGAGACGGACGACCAGCCCGGCCUACAGAUGGUGGGUCCACUGCCCGCACCACCUGACUAUACAACAAAAUUUACAUUUUACAAUAUUACAAUGUCUGCAGGAAUGUUUAAAUGUUUCGUUAGUAUGGUGAUACAAACGCGACAUUCUGUGAACUGUACGUUAGGAGACUGUACAAUAGAGUCAGAGGAAGACGUGAGGCAGAUGGCGGUGGAGAUGGAGAACCAGUUCGGUCUACAGAUGGUGGGUCCACUGCCCGCAUCAUUUGACUAUACAACAGAGAUUACAUUAAAAUUGACGACAGUGUCAGCAGGAAUGUUUAAAAGACUCGUUAGAAUGGUGAUACAAGCGCGACAUUCCGUGAUAUGUACAUUAGAUCACUGUAUAAUAGAGUCAGAGGAGGACGUGAGGCAGAUGGAGGUGAAGAUGGAGAAUCAGCCCGGCAUACAGAUGAUGGCCCCAAUGCCCGGAUCACCUGACUAUACAACAAACAUUACAUUAAGCAAUGCCCGUAUGUCGGCAGGAAUGUUUAAACGUCUCGUAAGUAUGGUGGUACAAGCGCGACAUUCUAUGAUCUGUACGUUAGAUCACUGUAUAAUAGAGUCAGAGGAGGACGUGAGGCAGAUGGCGGUGGAGAUGGAGAACCAGUCCGGCCUACAGAUGGUGGAUCCACUGCCCGCACCACCUGACUUUAGAACAAACAUUAAAUUAAAAUGGACGACCUUGUCAGCAGGAAUGUUUAGACUGUUCGUAAGUAUGGUGGUACAAGCGCGACAUUCUGUGAACUGUACGUUAGCUUACUGUACAAUAGAGUCAGAGGAGGACGUGAGGCAGAUUGGGCUGGAGAUGGAGAACCAGCCCGGCCUACAGAUGGUGGCUCCACUGCCCGCACCACCUGACUAUAGAACAAACAUUACAUUGGAAUUGAUGACCUUGUCAGCAGGAAUGUUUGGACAUUUCGUUAAUAUGGUGAUAAAAGCGCGACAUUCUGUGAACUGUACGUUAAAUGAAUGUACAAUAGAGGGGGACAUAAGGCAGAUAAAGACGGAGAUGGAGAUUCAGCCCCUUAUCAAAGUUAUGGAGUUCAAUGAGAAAACCGAUCGGUGGGGGUCUCGGGAAACAUGGUUCAGUUUUACCGUGAACAUAUAAAGGUUCCGACACUGUGAAGGAAUACAAGGUGGAACCUUUUCAAUAAAUAUGAACUACUUAAGAAAGUUAGCAGGCUAGGAGUAAAAUGUGUUUUAAACAAUGGUAUUUUUCACAAAUGAUGAUUUAUAGCAACUACUAUACGAACUGGUGUGAAGAGGUUCAUCUGUAUAGGCUUAAGCUUGUGAUCAAACAUUAUAUCUAGCAACGUUGCUGUUUUAUGACCAAAAGAAUGUUAAUGUUUAUCGAAAUUGUCUAGUGACAAAGACGCUUGUGAAAAAUAACUAUUGGUGUUCAUUUGCUUUGAAAAAAUAAGUUACCCUCUUAAAGUCAUAAUGAUUCUAAAAAUUUCUGUUUAUAUAUAUAUAUAUAUUUCAAAUUAAAAAGAUUUUAGUAAUGUAAAUAGAGUUUUAUUUAAAUACAUAAGCAUGUCCUUUACUCUUAUGUUUUAAAAAUGACUGUAUAUAAGUAUAUAAAAUUUCAUAUGUUUGAUCGAUACAGUAAUUUCAGAGUACCUUAUUUCUGUUCAUGUUUAGCACGUUAAAGCUCCAGAGUUUAAUGUCGCUAUAUUAUAUAGAUGCAUCUUUUUGAAAUUGCCUUACUCGAUAUAAUAAUUUCAGAAUGCAUUAUUCCUGUAAAGAGAUGUGUAUGUGUUUAUUUUUAUUUGCAUGUUUUGUAAGUUUAAAAUAUUUUGAAGGGACUCCUUCACGUUCUUUAUGGUAAGACAUCAAUAAAUUCACUCCUUGUGAAAUGUGGACAUAUGACUGCUUUAAAUUUAACAAAAACAUCAUCAAAGUUCAAAUAAUAGCUUCCUUUUCAAUAUGUAUAUUAAAGACAUGACAUAAAAUGCUUUGUUUUGUCGAAUAGAAUCAAUGACGCUAUUGAAGAUGUAAUCAUAUUUCAUUUCGGAUAAACAAAAUACUGCUAAAUGAGUGUCUGCCAGUUGCUCUUUGGUGUUCAUCAAAGUAAGUGAAAUGUUUUCAAUCAAUUUUAAGAAAAUUGUUGCCAACAUUAGAUAUGUGAGAGAGUCCCUUCAAAUGCAUUUUUGUUUGUAAAAUUAGUUUUAUUUGUGUAAAUAUAUAUUGUAUGCUAUAGUGGUUUUAGAAUGUAUUAAAUUACUGUUCACAGAGUUUACUGUUCACAGAGUUUCUUUCGAUUAAAGAUGUUCGUUCAUUAUAGUGAUUUGUCUGACAUUUCUUCGUCUGGAAAUGUUUUAAAUGUGUUGUAUCAAACUAUAAUUCUGAAGUUCAUUGUUACUGCUAGUACAGUUUCAUUUGUUUUAAUCAGUAUUGUAAAUUAUGCCGAUUCUAGAGUUCAUCGUGGUUACGAAUAAAGGUUCUUUGGUCUAUUCAAUAGGAUUUUUUUAUUCUUAUAAAUGCCUUUCAUGUGUAAUGACCUAUAAAUCGUAUUUAUUUCGACAAUUCCUUAGUUGUACACGCAUCGUCUGUAACCUGAUAGUUUACACAAAUGACCUACAACAUUUCACACUAAUGACAUACUUCAUUUUACACUACAUUUUACACUAAUGGUAUACUAUAGUUUACACAAAUGACCUACUACAUUUUACACUAAUGACAUACUACAUUUUUCUUUAAUGACCUACUUAAUUUUCACUAAUGAACUACUACAUUUUACACUAAUGACAUACUUCAUUUUACACUACAUUUUACACUAAUGAUAUACUACAUUUUACACUACAUUUUACACUAAUGAACUACUUUAUUUUACACUACAUUUUACACUAAUAAUAUACUACAUUUUACACUACAUUUUACACUAAUGACAUACUUCAUUUUACACUACAUUUUACACUAAUGAUAUACUUCAUUUUACACUAAUGAAAUACUUUAUUUUACACUACAUUUUACACUAAUGAUAUACUACAUUUUACACUACAUUUUACACUAAUGACAUACUUCAUUUUACACUAAUGAACUACUUUAUUUCCAUUUAAUUUGCAUUCAUAUAAAUAUUUAUUUAUUCGGAUUUGUUUUGCUUUGUAGAUACACACAUUUUAUUUGUUGUACAGUACUUUAUUUUCUCAUCAAAAAUAUGAAGAAAAAAAGAAAAUUCAUUGUUAUAUUGUGGGUGAUCGCAAUUUAAAAUCCAAUUGAAUCAAUAAUUUGAUGUAGCUGACUGGAAGGCAUUUUUAUUUGUACAUAUGUUUUGGUUAGCAUUGUCUUGCUUUAUUGGAUGACAGUUCACAUUUUUCUGUUCGAGCAAUUUUGUACAUGUACAUAUUCUAUAAUGUUUAAGCAUAAAUUGUACGCUGAUUUCCAUUCUCACAGUGAGUGUUUGACAUACUGUAUACCCAAGACGUUCGUGUGAAAUUUGUAGUACCAAGGUAUUUGUUUGGCCUACUGUAGACCGAAGAAGUUUGUGUGACAUUCUGUAGACCCAAGCUGUUUGUUUGACAUUAUGUAGACCCAAGGUGUUUGCUUCACAUACUUCAUUUUACCAAAACGGCCUACUUUAUUUCUUUUUGUUUGUAAAUCUUUAUUUAUUCGGAUUAGUUUUUAUAUGUAGAAAGAUGCUCACAGCUUAAUACAUAUAAACAUUUAUCUGUAGUAUAAUGUAUUGCUUUGUCAUCAAAAAUGAAAAUAUAAAAAAAAGGAUCAAUGUCUAUAUUUCUUAUGUUUAUAAUAAUAUUGUUCAUUUAUUAAACUUCGUAGAUGGUACAAUAGCAUAGGUUAAGAGGUGCCUACAAUUAAUUUACUUUUCAUAUGUUUAUAUGUUAAUAAUCACAUUUUUCUUUCAUUGUUCAUUUAUUGAACUUAGUAGAUAGUACAUUAGCAUAAGCUGAAACAUGUCUACACUGUAUUUACUUUUCACGUGUUAAUAAUUAUAUUGUUCAUUUAUAGAACCCGGUAGAUGGAAAAUUAGCUUAAGUUGAGAGGUGUCUACAAUUAUCUACUUUUUACGUGUUAUUAAUUAUAUUGUACAUUUAUUGACCUUCGUAGAUGGAACAUUAACAUAAGUUAAGAGGUGUCUAUAAGGUAUUUACUUUUCACGUGUUAAUAAUAAUAUUGUACAUUUAUUGACCUUCGUAGAUGGAACAUUAGCAUAAGUUAAGAGGUGUCUACAAGGUAUUUACUUUUCACGUGUUAUUAAUUAUAUUGUACAUUUAUUGACCUUCGUAGAUGGAACAUUAACAUAAGUUAAGAGGUGUCUACAAGGCAUUUACUUUUCACGUGUUAAUAAUUAUAUUUUACAUUAAUUUACCUUCGUAGAUGGAACAUUAACAUAAGUUAAGAGGUGUCUACAAGGUAUUUACUUUUCACGUAUUAAUAAUUAUAUUGUACAUUUAUUGACCUUCGUAGAUGGACCAUUAGCAUAAGUUAAGAGGUGUCUACAAGGUGUUUACUUUUCACGUGUUAUUAAUUAAUUAUAUUGUAUAUUCAUUGACCUUCGUAGAUAGAACAUUAGCAUAAGUUAAGAGGUGUCUACAAGGUAUUUACUUUUCACGUGUUAUUAAUUAUAUUGUUCAUUUAUUGACCUUCGUAGAUGGAACAUUAGCAUAUAAAGUUAAGAGGUGUCUACAAGGUGUUUACUUUUCACGUGUUAUUAAUUAAUCAUAUUGUACAUUUAUUGACCUUCGUAGAUGGAACAUUAACAUAAGUUAAGAGGUGUCUACAAGGUAUUUACUUUUCACGUUUUAUUAAUUAUAUUGUUAAUUUAUUGACCUUUGUAGUUGGAAUAUUAGCAUAAGUUAAGAGGUGUCUACAAGGUAUUUACUUUUUACGUGUUAUUUAUUAAUUAUAUUGUACAUUUAUUGACCUCCGUAGAUGGAACAUUAGCAUAAGUUAAGAGGUGUCUAUAAGGUAUUUACUUUUUACUUGUUAUUUAUUAAUUAUAUUGUACAUUUAUUGACCUUCGUAGAUGGAACAUUAGCAUAAGUUAAGAGGUGUCUACAAGGUAUUUACUUUUCACGUGUUAAUAAUAAUAUUGUACAUUUAUUUAUAUUUGUUCAUUAAUUGAACUUAUUCGAUGGUUCAUGAACGUAAACUCAUGGUGUCUUUAAUUUAUUUACUUUUUCACAGUUUAAAAUAAUUUGUUAAUUUACUGAACUAAGUGACGAUACAUUAACGUAAGAUAAUAGUGUCUGCAAUUUAUUUUCUUAUCAAAUUAAAACAAUUACAUAGUUCGAUCACUGUACAUUGUAAUAUUCUUUUAAUAUUUAUAUUUUAUGAUAAUACUUGAAUGCAGCAGUAAAUGAAGAGAGAAUUACUGUAUUUGUAAUAAUAACGAAUUGAUAAGAAGGAGUGAAGAUCAAUCUUGAUGUAAUUGUACUGGACGAGUGGUCAAGUGUUAUGAUUGUGUAACAGUUGUACGCGUAAUGGUAGUAAGUGUAAUACGAGUGGUGACGAAUGGUCAGGUGUUAUGAUUGAGGAACAGUAAUACAUGUAAUGGUAGUAAUUGUACUGGACGAGUGGUCAAGUGUAAUGAUUGUGGAACAGUAAUACGUGUAAUGGCAGUAACUGUAUUUGACGAGUGGUCAAGUGUUAUUAUAAGGGAACAGUAAUACAUGUUAUGGUAGUAAUUGUACUAGACGAAUGGUCAAGUGUAAUGAUUGUGGAACAGUAAUACGUGUAAUGGUAGUUACUGUACUGGACGACUGGUCAAGUGUAAUGAUUGAGGAACAGUAAUACGUGUAAUAGUAGUAAGUGUGAUUGACGAGUGGUCAAGUGUAAUGAUUGUGGAACAGUAAUGCGUGUAAUGGUAGUAGUUGUACUAGACGAGUGGUCAAGUGUAAUGAUUGUGUAACAGUAAUACCCAUAAUUAUUGGUAGUAAUUGUACUAGACGAGUGGUCAAGUGUAAUGAUUGUGGAACAGUAAUACGUGUAAAGUCGACGGAUUGGAUAUUGAUAGUAAAAUCAUUUGUUAUAUAAAUAUGUGUGAUAGAGUAAAGACAAAUUGUUAAUAGUAGAAAAUGUUAGCUUUGAAUGUGGGAGAUGAAUAGUUGUGAAUGAACGUGGAAAUAUGAUAUGAAUGAGUAUUGUUUAAUGUUUAUCGAUAUCCUAGUGUGUUAGUUAAGAUAGUGCGAUGGCAGGGACAUUAACCUUAAAGUGUGUUAAAUAAAUAAGUGCGAUGGAAGGGAAAGUAAUCUUGGGCAUGCUUACGAACAGUCACAAAUAUAAGUUCAGACUCAAUUGACGAACCUGCAAAGAUGUAUUUCAUUAUACCUUAGAUGAUGAUGAAAUCUGAUGUUUUUAUUUUUAGUUUAAUCUGCUCAAUAACCGUUUAUAGAUUAAUUAAAGUCCUUUUCUGAGUCUGAGUCCAGAUUCGGACGUGAGACUGUUCGUAAUCAUGACCCAGGUGAGCGAUUGAAGAAAAACAUCGACGCUGCCUUGUUUUAAAACUGACUUUUGUAAAAAUGAAUAGUUUAACCUCACCGCCUCCAAAAAUUUCAAUGAGAUUGUUCCUAGAGACGAGUAAUCAGAGCGAAUAUGUUGUUCUUCAUAAACAGAGCAAUAUGUUAAGAAAAAAAGUUAAAUCAUAAUUUAUUGAGUUAAACAUACAUCUUACCAUUGUAAACAUACUUCAAUAAAGCGAAAAUGCGGCGUAGAAAUUUCUUUAGGGUUCAUUUAAUGUUUAGAGUACACUUAUUCUUACAUUUUAUGAACUUUUGAUUUCAUUGGCAUAACCUAUAAUUGAACGAAAUGUCUUGACCGCUAAUAUCCGAUGAUCGAUUAUCGAUGAUCGACACUGUAGUUUGCAUGUCGUCCAUCUCAUUUGUCUGUUACGUAGUUUAAAAAAGAAUACACAUGACUGGUCUGCUUUUCCGACUUCUCAGUUGAUUUUAUUUAUGUCUUAUUAAAUAUUAAAAACUAUUAAAAAUUAACCUAGAAAUGGUACGCCUGCGUAUAGUUUUUCCCCGUGAGGAAUAGGUAGAGGGAUUUUUUCAUCUGACUCAUCUUAAUUAAAACAUGGCAUUAUUAACGUUUUCUGACCGUUUUCUCCUUCAUGAAAUGCUGCCUAGUUAGAUUCGUUCCUACUCCAGCCUGCUAACUAAGGUCAUGAAACAAUUCUGAGACCUUACGCUCAGGAGUUCAUCACAUAUCCUGCCCUUCUUACACGUACCAGAUCCACCAUCUCAUUAGAAUGUUUUGAUUCCUUAAUAUUAAAAUACUAUUAUAUGUAUACUUGUUAUUACCAAAUGAUGUAAGAAUGAAAUAAAAAGAAUGAAUGUUUUCAA